AUUUAAUGUAUUUUGAGUUUUUUUCUCAAGACUGUUUUCUUCUGCAUGGGAGAGCCCUCUUUCACAUUCUGUCCCGCCAAGAAGAAUAAAAUUAUUGAAUGGCGUAAAUUCAAAGAAACAAGAAGAAGAAAAAGAUAUUAGUGCAAAAAAGAGAAGUCAUGGUAUAUAUUCUCCAAUGGUUACCCCACUUCAUGUUUCCAGAUGUGAAAUGUGAAUGAAUACAUAUGACAGUUGAAUCAAGUCUCUCUACUAUAAAGGGAACCAAAGACUCGCCGAUCGUACUUCAGACAGAGAUUGUAAAGGCCCAUACAAGAAGAAAUAUUGAAAAUGGGAUAUCAUCAAAGUAGGCAAAAUCAAGAUAUGAAUUUAGUCCUAUCAAGUGAUGCAAAACCAAGGCUGAAAUGGACUCCAGAACUUCACCAGCGAUUCCUCGAAGCAGUCUUUCAACUUGGAGGAGCAGAAAAGGCAACACCCAAGUCCUUGAUGAAGGUGAUGGCCAUUCCUGGACUCAGUUUGUAUCACCUAAAGAGUCAUUUACAGGCUGCUGUUUUCUGCAGAAAUACAGGCUGGGGAGAAGCCAGCAGUCAGAAGUCUUCCAUGAAAGCUCCCAAGAGAAUCUGGAAGCAGAAGUUCAUUUUGAUGGGAAAUUUUCUCCUCUACCACAGAAUCCAAUCAAAGAAACCUGGCAGAUAGAACAAGCCCUGCAAAUGCAAAUGGAUGUCCAGAGGAAACUUCACGAACAAAUGGAGGUGCAAAGGCAUUUGCAGCUGCGUAUUGAAGCUCAGGGGAAAUAUCUGCAAACUGUUUUAAAGAAAGCCCAAGAGACGUUUUCUGGACAAGGGUCUCCAUUAGUGUCGAUAAUAGAGAGUGGAUACCCUAGCUCCUUGUUAUCUGAAUCAACAAUGGACAAUGAAAGCGCAAGUAUGACAAGUUCAGGUAGGAAGAAGGGAAAAAGAUUAAAGUUGGGGGCUGAUCUUUCAUUGAUGGGUGGAAUGGAUGAAAGGGAAAAGUGCAUAAUUGAUGGGAAUGGGAAGAAAAGGAUUAAUGGAAUGGAAGAACAAAAAUCAUCAUCUGGGACUGGGAGUGUGAAAAGAUCAUCGGCUGCUUCAAAUGUUGCAGGGGAGCCAUGGAGGAAGUUCUUAGGGACGUUAGAUUUGAACAGUCAAUGUGUGAAUGACUUUGAUUCUGGCCCCAAAGCAAUGAUAGACUUGAACUAAAUAAACACUUUGAAUCAUCACAGAAUAUAUAUACUCAUAUGGUGGUUGGUUUCAGAUAUGGGUAGUGGUAGAGCUUGAUUCAAUUAAUUAUAAACAGUAUGUAUAUAUGCUUAAUGAUAUUUGUAAAAGCUUUUGAUUUCAUCAUCUGUAUAUGUGUAUUUUCUCAUGCCAAUAAUUAAGAUAGUUGAUGACUACUA